AUGAGAGAUAUCCAAAUCGCCGGGUUUUCCACAGGCAAACUUUUUCAGCUGUGGAAAGAAGGUUGCGAGAAACUGGCCAAAUUCAACCUAAGCGUGAGGGUAAUGGACAAAGACGUUUCGAUUACGUACAACAUCGAGGCGGUACAAGGGGGCGUCGCGAAGCUUCCCUGCAACAUUACGCCUUCCCUUCCGGGUGACAAAAUGCAUAUAGUCAUCUGGUUUAAGGACGGGGAUAACCGAAGAACCCCUAUAUACUCGUUCGACUCGAGGGAUAAACUGCUGGAACAGGGGAAGCACUGGGCGGACGAGGGCGUCCUGGGGGGCCGCGGGUACUUCCGCUACCAGGACGGCCCAGCCAAGCUAACGCUGGACAGCGUAAGAGACAGCGACGGCGGGAUCUACCACUGCAGGGUGGAUUUCAAACAGACGCCGACGAGGAACGUCAAAGUCAACUUGACUAUAAUUAUUCCGCCAGAGAAGCUGAGCAUUCUUGACGAGUCCGGUGUGCACAUACCUAACUACAUACUCGGACCAUAUAACGAGGGAUCCUCGAUCAACAUCACGUGCGUCGCUACUGGAGGCCGGCCCCCGCCCAAAGUGACCUGGUGGCAGGAGAACGCCCUGCUCGACGACUCUUUCGAGCACUUGUCUGAGCGUAGGGUUAGGAACGUUCUCCACCUGGAGAAACUCGAAAGGAAGCACCUUCACACCGUAUUUACUUGCCAAGCGUCCAACAAUAAUCUAGUGGCGCCCAUUUCUAGUUCGGUUACGCUCGACAUCAACCGUGAGUUCUAA